CCUUGUGAAAAUCGGAUGAGUUUUGUCUGAGUUAAGGGGGUGGAAUAUAGUGACCUAUGUCUAUAUAGGAUAUUUAAGGGUACCAUUUUCCCAUAAAUUUUGGAUCAGGAAUAAUGUUGCCAGAUUUAACUUUCAACUUUAUGUAAGAAAAUGUUUUGUUGAUGCACAUUCACUCAAUUGGUUAUUGGUAGAGCUUCUGGGGCACGUAAACCUCUCUGGGCUAAGCCCAACCAAAGUGUAUGCUUCCUGCAUUGGAGCACUCGAGACGCUUAGUGAAUUGGCUAAAACUCACGUUUUAACUCAAUGAGAAUUAAAUGCAAUUCUUAAAAACUAAGUGAAGCUGAAAAAAAAUGAAAGACAAAUAGAAUUCAAAACAAAACUUGGCUACGUGCGCAACGAGACUUAAGCAAAAAUCCAAAAGCGGAGAAAGCUGAGAAAAAUCAGUCAAGAGUUUCAGCACUCUACGGAGAACAUUCUGCGGCGAUAGUUUGGUUCGUACAGUCGGAGCAGAGAAACCAAACACAGAAAACUUAAUAAAAAUAAAUAAACCUUUGAAAAAUUCUUUUUGAGAAGUGAAUUUCGCUGUGCCAGCAGAAAGAACGGAAAUUGUGUUGAAAUAUAUAUAUUUUUUUUAAUGAACUAAGCUCAAAAUCGUAACGAAAACUACUCAGAAUGAUGAUGAUAAGUUGGAGUGUGCUUCUGCUGCUCCUAUUGCUGAAUAUAACACUAAACUUAGGCCUGCAUCUGGAGAAUCAGACGCGGGAGCACGUCAAGCAGCUGAUCGCCUGCAAACAGCCCAAGGCGCCGGGCCUGUGCCGUGGCAAACAGCUGCGCUAUGCCUACAACAAGGAGACGGGCAACUGUGAGAGCUUCUAUUAUACGGGCUGCGCCUCCACGGAUAACAAUUUCCUGACCUACGAGGAGUGCCGACGCGACUGCAUGCAGCGGGGACGUUACUAGAGUAUAGACCUUAGUUAAUUUCUAUGUUUGUUUAUAUUAACAAAAAUCAGUUUAACAAGUUAAUUUAAACAAGAA